GAUACUGACAGCAUUCAACACACGACUGCCAUCCAUUUUGUACGGAAACAGCAACAGGACAGCAUGACCUAAAAUGGAGCACCAGCAGAACCACCACUGAUAACCACUGGAGAGGAGACGUAGCUGAGAGACAGAAGCUGUCAUCAUGCCCUGCUGUCCCAGCCCUCAAACCCUGCUCAGGGACUCCCUACAGGGACAGAAACAACGUGACAAGGACCUCCGGACCCUGGUCUCCAACCUGCCGUACCAAGGCCUCCCCAAGACCACCCAGCCCAACCGUUACUUUCCUGGCAACUCCAUCAAGACCACCAAGUACUCUUUCUGGUUCUUCAUUCCUAUGAACCUCUAUGAGCAGUUCCACCGAUUCGCUAACAUCUACUUCGUUGGGCUGGCCGUGUUGAACUUCGUGCCUGCUGUGGAGGCCUUUCAACCGGAGGUGGCUCUGAUUCCUGUAUGUGUCAUAUUAGCCCUGACGGCCCUGAAGGAUGGAUGGGAGGACUACAGGAGAUAUCGGUCUGACAGGAGGCUCAACCAUACACCCUGUCUGAUAUACUGCAGGAAGGAGGGGGACUUUGUGGAGCAUCGUUGGAAGGAUGUGAGGGUGGGAGACUUCGUUAAGGUGGUGUCUAACGAGAUCCUCCCAGCUGACCUGUUGCUCCUCCACACCUCCGACCCUAACGGGGUGUGUCACAUUGAGACCGCCACCCUGGAUGGCGAGACCAACCUCAAAGAGAGAAAGGUUGUCCCAGGACUCUACACACAGGAUUCUCCAUUUGAGCCACAACACUUCAACAGCACUGUAGUCGUUGAAAAGCCCAACGACAACCUCAAUCAUUUCAAAGGUUACGUAGAGAAGGCUGAUAAGAAGAAAUUGGGCUUUGGGAUUGACAGUCUGCUGCUGAGAGGGUGUACCGUCAGAAACACAGACCAUGCAGCUGGGUUUGUGGUGUACGCAGGCCGUGAGACCAAGUCCAUGCUAAACAACAACGGACCGAGAUACAAACGCAGCAAACUGGAACGCAAGAUGAACAUCAACGUGCUCUUCUGUGUCAUUCUACUGUUCUGCAUGUGCCUUAUAGGAGCGCUAGGUCAUUAUAUCUGGCUGGAGUCGUUACCCAGCAUGCCUCUCUUCCUGAUGCCAGACAGACAUGGUCAUCUGGACCCGCCCACUCUGUCUAGCUUCUACAUGUUCUUCACUAUGAUCAUACUACUGCAGAUCCUGAUUCCCAUCUCCCUGUACGUAUCCAUUGAAAUAGUCAAGGCGGGUCAGGUGUUCUUCAUCACUAACGACAUAGACCUGUAUGAUGAAGAGACAGACAGCAGAGUCCAGUGUAGAACCGUCAACAUCACUGAGGACCUGGGACAGAUUCAGUACGUCUUCUCGGACAAGACUGGUACCCUCACAGAGAACAAGAUGGUGUUCAGACGAUGCACCGUCAUGGGGACCGAGUACGCACACAAAGAGAAUGCCAUCCGUCUGGCUCUCCUUGGGGAGGCUGAUGACACAGAGGAAGAGGUCCUCUUCCACCAGAGACCACUCCCCUCGCAGACAGGAUGGACCCUGGAGGACAACCAUGACCAUGACCCAGAAGUAAUACAACGUUGCCAUGGCGCCCAGCAACCUCACAGCGGCGGCGGCGGCCAUCACAGGAACAAGGAAGGAAGUGCCCAGGGGGAAGUAGCCUUCAGCAGUCCACUGGAAACAGAGGUGGUCCCAGACAGAAAGCUACUUCAGCGUGUUCUGAGAGGUGGUGGUGACGGGGCUGGUGGCAGAGGGAUACGCCACUGCGAGGAAACAGAUCUCUAUCUUGACUUCUUCCUGGCUCUCGCUGUCUGCAACACGGUGGUUGUUUCCACAGCAACGCAGGCUCAGGCUCAGAGACAGAGGGCUAGUGGGCGUCCGAGCCCCUCUCUCCUCCAGUCCUUGGUAAGGAAAAUAUAUUCUCUACGUCACACCAUCCGCUCCUGGCAGCCCAUGACUGAGAAGGAGGAUCUGGACACUGACCCCAACACCAACAGCAGCCCCUCUGGCCCAGUCAACAGCCAUGUGUCUGACCACCCCCACACCACCGCAGGAGGGCAGACCAGAGAGACCACCACCGCAGGAGGGCAGACCAGAGAGACCAACCCCGCAGGGGGGCAGACCAGAGAGACCAACGCCCAGGCCAACAACACCAGACCUGGGUUGGUAGUGAGCACUGCUGAUAAGCUUUGCUACGAGGCAGAGAGUCCAGAUGAGGCAGCCUUGGUGUACGCUGCCAAGGCGUACGGCUUCACCCUAUUGGCCCGUACCCCAGACAGGGUCACAGUGAGGUUACCUCACGGGCAGGAGCUGACCUAUCAGGUGCUGGACACCCUGACCUUUGACCCCAACAGGAAGAGGAUGUCGAUUGUGUUGCGUCAUCCAAUCACCAGAGAGAUAGUGAUGUAUACCAAAGGGGCAGACUACACCAUUAUGGAUCUUCUAGGGACUCCAUAUGCAGAGAACAGGCUGGAGGGGAGCCAGAAGAAUAGCACUCAAAGACACCUCGACUGGUACGCCAAGGAAGGACUACGCACCCUCUGUUUGGCAAAGAAGGUGCUUAGUGAGAGGGCCUAUGAGGACUGGUCCCUGGUGAGACAGCAUGCUGUGGCUGCCAUCAACAACAGAGAGGAACUCCUUAUGGAGACAGUAGUACACCUGGAGACACACCUCACUCUGCUAGGGGCUACGGGUAUAGAGGACCGUCUGCAGGACAGUGUUCCUGACACCAUCAUGGCCCUGAGAGAGGCAGGGAUCCAGGUGUGGGUUCUGACAGGGGACAAGCCUGAGACUGCCAUCAACAUCGCCUACGCCUGCAGGCUGCUGGACCAGGGAGAUCUAGUCAUCAACAUGAGAACCAACAACAAGGCGGUGUGUGCGUCCACACUGGACUGUACUCUGGAGCAGGUGAGGCGGCAUGGAGGUCCAGGAGCUCCAGGGUACCACAGCCCCUCCAUCGGCCUGGUGAUUGAUGGGCAUACGCUGGGCAUGGCCCUGGAGUCAGACCUGGUGGAGCGGUUUGUGGAGCUGGCUCGGCGCUGCCGCUCUGUGCUCUGCUGCAGAGUCACGCCCUUACAGAAGAGCACCGUGGUUAAGGUGGUCAGAGAGAGACUGGAGGUCAUGACCCUGGCUAUAGGAGAUGGUGCGAAUGACGUGAACAUGAUCCAAGCAGCUGAUGUCGGCAUCGGGAUAUCUGGACAGGAGGGCAUGCAGGCCGUCAUGGCCAGUGACUUCUCCAUCUCCUGUUUUAAACACCUGAAGAAGCUUAUCCUGGUCCAUGGACACUGGUGUUACAGCAGACUGGCUAACAUGGCCGUCUACUUCUUCUACAAGAAUGUGACCUAUGUGAACCUCCUCUUCUGGUACCAGUUCUACUGUGGUUUCUCAGGGACGUCCAUGAUUGACAUCUGGCUGAUUAUCUUCUUCAACCUCUUCUUCACCUCCACCCCGCCCAUCAUGUUCGCAUUGAUGGACAGAGACGUUGCCACGGAGACGCUGCUGGGCCUCCCAGAGCUGUACAGGAGUGGCCAAGGGUCAGAGGGAUAUAAUCACUUCACAUUUUGGAUCGCCAUGUUGGACGCCUUCUAUCAAAGUCUGGUUUGCUUCUUCAUUCCAUUUUGGACCUACCAUGGAUCAGACAUAGACAUCUACACGUUUGGAACUCCUAUUAACACAGUGUCUUUAUUCACAAUCCUGCUGCAUCUGGCCAUAGAGAUCAAAACCUGGACUGUAGUCCACUGGGUGAUCAUGCUGGGUAGUGUAUCUCUGUACUUCAUGGGGACCCUGGUCUAUAGUGCCCUGUGUAUCAGCUGUAACCCACCAUCUGACCCCUACUGGAUCAUGGAACAACAGCUGGCUGACCCCAUGUUUUACCUGGUCUGUGUCAUCACUACUGUGGUCGCCCUGCUGCCCAGGUACACAUACCGUGUGCUGAGCAACACAGUAGCCCCCUCCCCCCUCGCACGGGCCAGGCAUCUGGAGCGGCUGGACCCCACCGCCAGGGAACAGUGGAUCAGGGAGUGGAGGGGGCUCAGGGGAGAGAGGACAGUGGGGGUGGGCCCAGGAACAGACCCAGGAACAGGAGCCUUCUCUGGGCAAUCAGAGUCACCCCUACCCUCACCAUCAUCCACCUUGGAACCCUUUUCCUCAGAGCACAAUCCAGUUCGAACUCCAACAAUGAAGAAUUGUGACAUCACAGAAAGUGACAUCAUGAUGAACGUCAUCACCAAGAGAUCUCUGAACCCCUUUCUGUCUUGAGAACCUGGGGGGGGGGGACAAGGGAAGCACCACUCUCCUCUCUCCACUUCCCCUCGGAACAAGAGAGGCACCACUCUCCUCUCUCCACUUCCCCUCGGAACAAGAGAGGCACCACUCUCCUCUCUCCACUUCCCCUCGGAACAAGCCUCCGUAGCAAACACAUUAGCCUGUUACUCUACUGAUGGUUUUCAGAGCACACUGGUAACCCAAUCAGUCUCACCUUCCUUCCCCACCCUGCACCGCCCACACCAUCCUUACGCCCCUCUCCAAUAAACCAACCUUUUUCCAGAACAAAGCACUUAGUAUGUUUUAUUUAAAAUUCCCCUGCCUCACAUAGGCUAUGUCAUUAAUGGCACCCUAUUCCCUAUAUAGUGCACUAUUGUUGACCAGGGCCUAUGGUCCCUGGUCAAAAGUAGUGCACUGUAUAGGGAAUAGGGUGCCAUUUGGAACACAGCGAGACCUAGACACCUGAGAGUAAUUUGCUCAAUGGACGGAUGCUCCAAAUCCCAUCACCUCUCGCUCUGUGGCCUCUGAAGCACACAGACACACACCGUACCUUAACUCAUGUGUCCCCGUCCAACUCCCAAACUACCCAUCAUGCCGUAGUUUGGUACACUGCAGAUGGUGCAUCAUGUAGUGGCGUUUUCAGUUCAUGGACUUCGUUUCCAAAUGGCACCCUACUCCCUACAUACUGCACUGCUUUUGACCAGGGCCCAAUCUGGUCAGAAGUGGUGCAUUAUGUAUGGAAUAGGGUGCCAUUUGGGACACAGUUCAUGCGUCUAGAUUUGGAACAUUUUGAGCAGUUAUGUACGAAGGUGUCAGGAUGAGGACACAAAAUCGUAAUAAGGCUGGCCUGUCUGAGAUUCCUGCAUCUUUUCCUCAUUAAAUGUGUCUCUUUUUUAAUUGUUCAAUGUCAAAUUAAUAUAUAGAUUAUUGAAUAAUGUUACAAAAAUAAACCCACAUGUAUACACAGAUAGAAUAAAUAGACAGCUUUACAUUUGAGGUUUGUAAAUGGGAUGUGAUCGCCUGUAUAUGUAUAAAUCAAAAUAAAGAGAAAAGUCAUGGGAAGGAACUUAUAAAUGAUCAAGUUGAUGUUCAGCAUUUGCGUAAUUCAAGUGUGUUCUCGAUAGCCUUGCGGUGAGAAGGUCUAGCUGUGAUUCCAUUGGUCAAAUUCAUUAUAGUGCCUGUUUAUAUAACGUCCUAGCAUAUUCUGUUGUAUUUUUGACUUUAUGUUUUUUUACCCCAUAUGUAACUCUGUGUUGUUUUCAUCGCACUGC